CUCGCAGGUGUUUGUGGUCUUCCGUUAAUGCACCGGAAGUCAAAUGUAGAUCUUUCAUCUGCAGUUUCUGCUCUUAUUGAUCUCAGACUGUGUAAGAUCUGGAUUGAGUCGAGCUCCAGAUCGCGUCGUGUCGGUUUCUGACUUCCGGUUCAUCGAGUCUUCCGCUCGUCGCGCCUGAAAUCACUCGACAUCUGCAGCCUCUCAGGCAGGAGAAGAGAUUAAUAUUAAUAACAGCUCACUGAGAGAUGGACAGACGUGUGUUUGUGUUGCUCUGUCUGCUGACGGCUGUGAGAUCAGACGAUCCUUCGAAUAAGCUAGAGAUCUCUGUUGAUGAACAGAACAUGCUUCUGAUAUGUAAAGGUGGAAAAUUUGGUGACGAAGAAUCAAUACAGUUGAAUUAUGAUAAUUCUGGACUCCACCAGUGUAAAUCAGAGGAGUGUAAUGAUGACACCUGUCCAAAAGCCCUAGUAAAAAUCCUGAGCAGUGAGAAUCUGAUCGAGCUGGACAUUGGGGCUGUGUUCACUGUUCUCGGGGCCGAUGUAAUAGCGACCGCUCUGAUCGGAUGGGCCAUUUACACCAUCUGCGCUCAACCCACAACCAGAGGCGGCUAUCAGGGGAAUAAAGCCUCUGACAAACAGGCUCUGAUCAGUAAUCACACUCCGUCAGGAGGAGACACUUAUCAGCCGCUGAACACGCGUACGGAUGAGUACAGCACUCUGCAUGCGCAGCGCAAAAACAAGAACAAGCAAUCUGUCUGACCUGAAGAUAUUAGCAGAAGAACAGAAAACUGUUCAUCUUUAAUCUGUCAUUUGAUUUCACGUUCCUGUAGAUGUAGGUGUUUGUCGCUUGUGUUGAUGCUUCAAAUAAAUAAA